AAGAUAACAAAAAUAUCAAAAAACCUGUCAUUGAUUUCACAUCCCAUGCUCACAGUCAAAUUAAUUCACUGAAUCCUCCUUCAUUAACAUUUUCUAGAUUAAUAAGGGUUUAUAGAGAUCUCGCAAAAGCAAGACUUGCAGCUCUUGUAAUAUUAACAACAAUGUGUGGGUAUGCUAUGGCUCCGAUGGCAACUGAUCUCACAUGUCUUUUUGCUACAACAGCAGGCACAGGAUUAUGUAUAGCUUCAGCAAAUACAUUUAAUCAAUUGAUGGAAGCACCAUAUGAUGCACAAAUGUCACGAACGAGGAAUCGUGUUCUUGUACGUAAGGUAAUUUCUCCUUUACAUGCAGCUUCUUUCGGAACGAUAACUGGAAUAUUGGGAGUUGGGAUAUUAUCUGCUAUGGUAAAUCCUUUAACAGCCAUUUUAGGUGCGUCCAAUAUUGUAUUAUAUACUUGUAUUUAUACUCCAAUGAAGCGUGUUUCUAUUGUAAAUACAUGGAUUGGAUCUAUUGUUGGUGCAAUUCCUCCAAUGAUGGGUUGGGCAGCUUGUACAAAUAGUUUGGAUCUUGGUGCAUGGGUAUUAGGUUCAAUUCUAUAUGCAUGGCAAUUUCCUCAUUUUAAUUCUCUUGCUUGGAAUAUGCGUUAUGAUUAUACCAAAGCUGGAUAUCACAUGAUGGUCAAUGCAAACCCUGCUUUAAAUAGUCGUGUUUCUUUAAGAUAUAGUUUAUUGUUAUUUCCUUUAUGUUAUAUUAUUCCUUAUAUUGAAAUGACAACUUGGUGGUUCGCAUUAGAUUCGACCAUAAUCAAUAGUGGACUUUUAUUAGGUGCAUUUAGAUUUUGGAAAAAUUCUAAUGACAAAACUGCAAGGGAUUUAUUUUUUGGGAGUCUCAUACAUUUACCUGUAAUAUUGGCAUUAAUGAUGGCUCAUAAAAAGAAUUGGAGAACAGAUAAUCAAAAAUAUGAUUUAGAAGAUAUUUCAGACACUGAAUUGAAAAACAUUACGAAAUAAAUUAAUUAUAAUUCCUUCUUUAAUUAAUUAUUUUAAAUCUCAUAUAUUGAAUUUUAUUGGUCCUUUGGUAGGUUUGUUGUAGUGUGUACAAACAGAACUUAAGCCAUAUUAUCUUUUACACAUUAACAAUUUCAUUUACAUUAAACAUUAAAAAAAUAAUAAUUUUGAAAUUUUUUAAAAUUUCUAAAGGAUGAUGAAAUUUAAUGUAAUGUCUUGACUUUU